AUGCGAGUCUUCGCUAUCAUCUGGGCCAUUGGGUUCCUCUUGAAGGAAGCGCAAGCCUGGGGCUUCAGAAAUGGAAUAUUUCAUAACUCCAUAUGGCUGGAGCAAGCCGCCGGAGUCUACCACAGGGAAUCGCGUAAAGGGAGAUACCAGCUGACUUAUAAGGAAGCCAAGGCCGUGUGCAAAUACGAAGGAGGGACACUGGCCACUUACGAUCAACUGGAGGCUGCUCGUCAGAUAGGUUUACAUGUGUGUGCGGCUGGAUGGUAUGACAAAGGACGUGUGGGCUACCCUAUCGUCAAAGCCGGUGCCAACUGUGGUUUCGGCAGGGUUGGCGUCAUCAACUAUGGGUACAGGUUGAACAAGAGUGAGAGAUGGGACGUCUACUGCUACAACCCCAACUCGAAGGAGUGUGGAGGUACUCUGACAGAUCAGCAAAGGAUCAUCCAGUCACCCGGUUACCCAGAGGAGUACCAGGAUGAGCAGAUCUGCUACUGGCACAUCCGCGUGCGCUACGGACAGAGGAUACGCCUGCACUUCCUGGAGUUCGACGUGGAGGAGGACACGGCCUGUCUAGCAGACUACCUGGAGAUCUAUGACAGUUAUGACGACAUCUCUGGCUUUGCCGGGAGGUACUGUGGAGAUUAUUUACCAGAUGACCUCAUAAGCACAGGGAAUGUGAUGACACUAAAGUUCCUGUCCGAUGCAUCUGUAGUCGCAGGAGGCUUCCAGAUGGAGUACAUUGCUGUGAACGCUUCUCUCCUCCACUUCCAGAAUGACACCAGCUGUUGUUUCACCUGA